AUGAGCACUUCUACCAAGGGUUCCCAACGCGGCGCUCCAUUCAGAGCCCGCAGACAAGCAGCUCGAAAAGGCGCUGACAGUACUCGUGGUAGAGAACAUCUGCCAUCAGCUAGCGGUGCUACUUCUUCGUUAAAGUCUCGCAGGCACUCGCGUACUACAGCAGAACUUCCUACCAAUGAACAGGAUGUCAGAGGUUCUGAUUCAGACUUCGAGGGCGAAGGUGAGGAACAGUCCAGCAACUCGACUGCGAACACUCUGGUCGAGGUACACGAAGCGAGGCCUAGAGGGCCUUUCCGACCGUCAACGGCGCAUCAACUAUUCUACAUAAUGAACUUUGGGCAGCUAUCACCAGACAUAUUGUAUAGGCCCAUCCAUCCACUAAAGAGCUAUGCGACGCCCUCGCAGUUCGAUCUCUCCAGCCUCACUAUCCCGUUAACCGCGAAGGAAAUCUUGACGUUCUUCCCCAACCACGUUAACAUAUCUGAAUUACAACACAGGCUCUAUCACAGUGACAUCAAAUGCUCGUUCCAAGCCAACUUCAUUAACCAUCAGUACCGUCUCCAAGGCCUAGAUAUCGUCAUACCCAUGGAUUGUCGCGCGUACCUCAAGGAAGCGAGAGCAAAGUUAGAGGGAGAGUUCACAACCAAACCUACUACCUUUACCACCAGUCAUUACACUUUCUUACCUGGUGACGCCAACGGAUUCGACAACGUCAAGAUAUUUUAUCCAAUCAUCGAUUGUGGCUUUUACGUUCAUCCGAGCAACUUUCCCAUGGGCCCUGACAGCGGUCCCUUCACGAAAGCCCUCAUCAAAAUCCAGCUUGUUGGCAGCACGACACUGAUGUUGUCUCAGCUCGAUUUUGUUAUUGCAAGUAUGGGCAUCAGUCGGAAGCUAGUGGACGGACAUACUGAUGCAGAUUUCCACAGAAGACACAGGGUGAUGGUAAAAGAGUAUCAGGACUUUUUGCAAACGAGCGCGAGAGAGAACAAUAUUCGAUCUGAUCACUGA